CCACCAUCACCGAAUGGUCCAACUGAUAUAACAAUGCAUUCGUUGGUCUCUCGUGCCGGUUCGAUCUCCGGGCAAUUGCCCACAUCAACCACAUCACAAUCAGCCAGUCCAGAGCUAUCCUAUCUUCUAAAUCCGGCCACCUAUCCCUCAUUUAUUGCCGCCUCAGCCAUGAAUCCGGCUUCCCCAAUCUUUCCACCACCACCGACCACAGUGCACCCGUCCACUGCCGCUGCACUGACUCCACAGUCCGCCACGUUCUACCCCGCCGCAGCGGUUGCAGCCGCGGUAGCUUCUUUCCAAUCCCUGACCUCUUCCGGAUGCGCAACCGGUUCGGCGGGCACUGCAUAUGAUCAGUUCUAUUCCGCCAUGUCCACCGCAUCCGCAAACCCCGCACACAACUACCUCGCUUCCAGUCAGCAGAAUAGUAGUGGCAACAACAACAACAAUCAUACAAACUCAACCCCGAUCCCAUCCCAUCAAAUGGCUCCUUCGGGCGCGUACAAUUUGCCCGGACUGAGUGCGACGGCUGCCGCUGUUCGUGCAGCCGCAUCGGCCGCACAGCGCAGUUCCGUCACGGACUACCCACUGUAUCCACCUUAUUUGACCGGUAUGACUGCUGCUGGCCGAAGUGGAUCGCAGCAACAUUCGUUAUCUCAAUCUAACCCUUACGGUGGAUUUGAGGCUCACAUCCCCGGCACCGAUCCCAAGUCUGUAAAGUCUAUCUAUUCUGAAGGAUCUCUGUCCGACCGGAGACUAUUCGAAAGUGUACUAUCCUCGUCUUUAACUACUACAAAAGUAGAACCAGAGGCUAUGGAUCUGGAUCAUUUACAGCAGCAUCAGCAACAACAACAACAGCGGUCCCUUGUCCAAUUCGACCAGAGUUCUCAAUCCACCAGUAUCUCCUACCCUAACCAAACUCAUCCAGUCUCUGUCAAGGACCCAUACACCAUCAAUCGUGGCACCGCUCAUCAACACUCAACCACGUCUAUGGUCACCGAUUACGCCCAGCUGAAUCGAACCCCAGACCAGGCAACUUACAGUACCUUUGGCGAAGCCCAUCAGGCAUCGACAGACUCAUCUACAUUGUCCUCCUCUUCGUCCACCACACCUUUAGCGUCGGCGCACGCGUUGCGUUCCCAUCUGUUUGAUCGAUUGCAACCUUCACAUCGAUCGAUUCAAUCUGGAUCACAAGAGGACUCUGCAACCGGGACAAGUAGUGGUGAUGCUGGUAGUUGUGGUUUCUCUUCCAGCACACUGAAACGUUUCAAAUCUGGCAUACUGCAGCUUCCAAUAACCAAUCCCACGGAGUCUGGUUUGGAUACACCUCGAUUUAGCGACUCUGGGGCAAAGCCACUCGGGGAUACGGAUUUUCUAGACUUGCCCACUGUUCGGCCGGCUUCGGCACGGGCAGCAAGCGCAGAACCGGUGCUGGUCGAGCCACUAGGAGUUCUCACAAGACCGAUGAUGCGUGCCUACCUGGCUGAUCGUAGGGACCAAGUACUGAUCAUUUUACAUGCCAAAGUGGCACAGAAGUCAUACGGAACGGAAAAACGGUUGCAGACGGCUCACCACGAUAAUCGUGGUGGCUUCUUGAGUGCGAUGGUUUGA